AUGGAGGUUUUAGGAAACCGAUUCUACGCAGAUACUACAUCGAUGGACUCUGAAAAAAAGAAUACUAGAGAAUGGGUAUUCUCUUGCCCAAAUUGCAAAAAACAAUACGCUUAUUUAAGCGCAAGGAACAAACAUUAUGCAACAUGUAAACAAAUCUACAAUCCUGAAGGAGUUAAUUCUGGAAAACUUUUUAAAUGUCCAAAAUGCUCUAAGUCAUUUAAAAUACGUAAAUUUCGCGAUAUGCAAGCUUUUGUCGACAUGGCAACUUUCUUUAGUCAACCAAAUAUAAGGAGAAGAUUUUCCAAAACGGUUCCAACCAUGGAAGACGGUGUUCCUAAAUGGCAGUGUCCAAAGUGCCAAAAAGUCUACAGACACAGAGAAAGUUUACAAAAACAUUUAAGACUGGAAUGUGGAAAAGAUCCACAAUUCUUUUGCUCCAUGUGUCCUUAUAAAAGUCAUCAAAAAAUCAAUCUUCAAAGACAUGCUUUGAGACAUAUCAAAGGGGGUUUCAAAAAACAAGGACACAGAGAGCUACAUAUGUCUCAGAGGUGCAUUUACCAAGAACCUUCAAUUGCAAGCAAUGUGCUCUAUCAUUUUUCCUCAGAAUUGUCUAGUAAGGAAUGGGUAUGUGAAAAUUGCGGAAAAUCUUACAGCACUCGUGGAAACUUAGCUAGACAUAUCAAAUUUGAGUGUGGAAAAAUGCCAGAGUUUCAAUGUAAACUCUGCAACAAGCAAAUGCAUCAAAAAGGAAAUAUCAUACAUCACCUAAAAAGAUCAUCAUUUUCCCAAAGCCGGUAUCAAGUAUGGAUUCCCGAUCCACCUUCUACUGAGAAAUUUCCAUGCCCACAUUGUCCAAAAUCUUACAGAUAUAAAGGAAGUUUAUUGAACCAUAUGAAAUUUGAAUGUGGAAAAGAACCAGCUUUCCAAUGUCAUCUCUGUGACAAAAAAAUGCAUCAAAAAGGAAAUCUGGUGCAACAUGUGAAAAGCAUAAACUGUAUUUUGAACAAAGUGAAACCUAUGAUAGACACAUUCCAAAAUACACUUGUCGAAAUAACUAACUUUUUAGACGACGAAGAAGAAAUUGAUCAAUUAUUAGAAAUAGAACUAAUUGAUUUCGAUGACGAUCACACUAGAUGUCUAUCAAAAUUACGUAAACUUCUUAAUAAAGCAUCCACUAAAUCAGGUCAACUUUCAUCGAAUUAUUUUCCCGAAACACCAGAAAAUCAACCUUGGAAAUUCUGGAAUGAAACUGCUCCUUCACAAAUCAAUCCAGGACCCAAUACUUCAAUACAAGAAAAUGAUUGGAGAAUGAAGGAAGCCCAAAGGGUUUACCAGUGCCCAAAUUGUGGAUACAACUUAGGGUUUAGGCAUCCAAAAGUGUACAGAAGAAGGCUUUGUGCGCCAAAACCAUUUCUAUGCAACUGUGGAAGAUCUUUUAAAUAUCGAAAUCAUUUGAACAGUCAUCUCAAAUGGGAAUGUGGAAAAGAUCCACAAUUUUUUUGUGAUCAAAAGAGAAGGCUUUGUGCGCCAAAACCAUUUCAUGAAAAGGACGAAAAUUAUCACUUCAAUAUAGAAAAAUGCGAAAGCUCAAAUGGCAGCAGGCCAAAGGACAAUAUUUCUGUACUAUAUGUGCUGAACCAUAUGAAGGUUCACUAUCUAUCUCAGAGCAUUUUCAAUUUUUCUGCUCACCAUCCAAUGGUAGCUGGUAUAGGUGUCCAGGACGAGGACGAAAAUUAUCACUUCAAUAUAGAAAAAUGCGAAAGCUCAGAGGGCCCAUGCUCAAAGGAGAAUAUUUCUGUACUAUGUGUGAUAAACGGUAUAAAAAUCAAGAAUCUAUCUCAGACCAUUUUGAAUAUUUCUGCUCACCAUCCAAUAGUGGCUGUUUCUGUAUCAUACGCACUGACGAAGUUUCUGAAUGAGUACGAAGAAGAAAAUCCACUUUGGCAUAGAUGUCCUAGUUGUAGAGAAGCAUUUCCAAGUCCCAGCAGCCUAAGACUUCACAUCCAAAUUGGUUGCAUCAACGCCAGUACUUUGCACGCAAAACAAGUCCAAUCUAUGGAAGCCAGAUUUAACGAUUUUAGAAAACUGGUGCAUCCUGAGCCUCAUCUUAGUCCCUCCUACGUUGGCAUGCAAACCGUCCACAGGAGAAGAGUGCCAAAACCAAGUGAUGAUUUACAUGGAAAAUAUGAAUGUCCAGAUUGUCACAAAAUCUAUAAAUGGAGACAACAUCUUAUCAGUCAUACAAGAUAUGAAUGUGGCAAAGAGCCCCAAUUCCAAUGUCCAUUCUGUUCGUACAGAGGACAUCAGAGGAGCACCUUGAAGCGCCAUGUUAUAAGAGUGCAUAAACAAUAA